CCACCCUUUACUGCACUGCGCAUGCACCUAAUAGAUUCUCCUCGUGUUAUCCUCUUUCUUUCUUUCUUGAAUUAGAGAAAAUGUCUCAUAGAAAGUUUUCUGCUCCAAGGCACGGUUCUUUGGGUUUCCUCCCUAGAAAGAGAUGCAAGAGGCACCGUGGGAAAGUCAAGAGCUUCCCAAAGGACGAUCCCAGCAAGCCCUGUCACCUUACAGCCUACAUGGGCUACAAGGCAGGAAUGACCCACACUGUACGUGAAGUGAACCGCCCCGGAUCAAAGAGUCAUAAGAAUGAAGUGGUAGAGGCUGUCACUAUUAUCGAGACUCCUCCCAUGGUCUGUGUGGGUGUGGUUGGAUACAUUGAGACUCCUCGUGGCUUAAGGCAAUUAAAGACGAUUUUUGCUCAGCACAUCACUGAGGACUGCAAGCGUCGCUUCUACAAGAACUGGUAUCGUUCUAAGAAAACCGCGUACACAAAAGCAGCCAAACGCUGGGCAGACGAGGCUGGGAAAGAGGCCAUUAAGCAAGACUUUGAGAAGAUGAAGAAGUACUGCAAGAUAAUCCGUGUCCUUUGUCACACCCAGUUGAGUAAGAUUAAGAGUCUGAAGCAAAAGAAGUCACAUUUAAUGGAGAUACAAGUUAAUGGUGGAACAAUUGCUGAUAAAGUUGAAUGGGCUAAGGAACAUUUAGAGAAGGAGAUCCCAGUAAGUGAUGUAUUCGAACAGAACGAGGUCCUUGAUGUGAUUGGAGUUACAAAAGGAAAAGGAUUUAAAGGUGUCACGUCUCGUUGGCAUACAAAGAAGCUUCCUCGUAAGACUCACAAGGGACUGAGGAAGGUUGCUUGCAUUGGGGCGUGGCAUCCCAGUCGUGUGCAGUACUCUGUGGCUCGUGCUGGACAGAAAGGAUACCAUCACAGGACAGAAAUGAAUAAGAAGAUUUAUAGGAUUGGGAGCGCAACAGAAGAAAAUAAUGGAGGGACCAAGUCUGAUUUGACUAAGAAGAGAAUCACUCCAAUGGGAGGUUUUCCACAUUAUGGAGUGGUCAAUAAUGAUUUCUUGAUGGUCAAAGGUUGUGUGAUGGGACCCAAGAAACGUGUCAUUACACUUAGGAAGUCUCUCUUGGUCAACUUUAAGAGGAAGGAUAGGGAAGAAAUUGAUUUGAAGUUUAUCGAUACUUCUUCUAAAUUUGGUCAUGGUCGCUUCCAGACUGCACAAGAAAAAGCAAACUUCAUGGGUAAGCUUAAGAAGGAUAUAGAGAGGGAAAAAGAAGGCCUUGCUGCAGCUGCUGAUUAAAAGACUUUGAUUAAUUACUUAAUUGAUUCGUUUUUCUUGUAUAAAGAAUCGAUCUAUUUGAAAGUGAUCAGAAUCUUAAUAAAAUUAAAAAUAAUCAAA